AUGCCUGAUGCCUUAUCACAGUAUAUGUGUGAUUCCUUAUCGCAGAAAAUGUGUAAUGCCUUAUCGCAGAAAAUGUGUAAUGCCUUAUCGCAGAAAGUGUGUGAUGCCUUAUCGCAGAAUAUGUCUGAUACCUUAUCGCAGAAUAUGUCGUCUGAUGUCUUAUCGCAGGAUAUGUCCGAUGCCUUAUCGCAGAAUAUAUGUGAUGCUUUAUCACAGAAUAUGUCUGAUGCCUUAUCGCAGAAUACGUGUGAUGCCUUAUCGCAGAAUAUAUCCAGUGCCUUAUCGCAGAAUAUAUCCGAUGCCUUAUCACAGAUUAUGUGUGAUGCCUUAUCGCAGAAAAUGUGUAAUGCUUUAUCGCAGAAUAAGUCCGAUGCCUUAUCACAGAAAAUGUGUGAUACCUUAUUGCAGAAUAUGUUUGAUUCCAUGUCAUAG